AUGAAAAUGCACCAAGUAGCUAAAGCCAGUAGAAAGGUUGAACAAGAACCAAAAACUGGAAAACCGGAUGAGACAUUUGAUGGUGAAGGAGAAAGAGCUACAGAACAGGUUGACACCAUUGAUGUGGAUGCAUUGGAUGUUGAAGAUAUCACUCCAGACACAGAGAAGGAGAAACAGGAUAAAGAAAAAGAGAAUAAAAAGUUGUCCGUUUCUCCUGGAAAAGGCAAGAGAAAGUUGGAGGAAGGCGAAUCCAGCAAGGGGGAGGCUUCUCUGAGUAAAAAAAAUAAGAGUGCCACUGGGAUGAAAGCCAAUGUUGAGAAAAAUGACUCAGAGGAAACUAGUAAAGAGGGCAGUGAAAUGGAAACAGAUGAUUCAGAGGGUGAGGAAAGUUGGAAAGACGAGGAAGUGGGUGCAGAGGAAGAAGAAGGUGAUAAUGAAUCCGACAAUGAAGAUCCUUUUCACAGUGCCAGCAUAGGCCACGAUAAUAGCCAACAAAUGGGGGAAAAGGAUAAUAAGGACAAAGAGGAUAAAGAUAUGGAUUUUGGGAAGGAAAAGAACAAGGAACCCGAGAAAGAUAUGGCUAAGGAUAAUUUGAGUGAGGAUAAGGAGAGUGCAGCCCAGAUUGACUAUCUGGAAGAAGAGAAAGUGGCAAUGAAAAAUAUGUUGGGCAUGGUCCCAAAUGUCUUAUCUGAAGUCACAAAGAACAUAGAGGAUAUUGCUAAGUUCAUCGAUAAUUCCAACUCUCCUAAUCUGGUGGUGGACCUUGACACUGAAGAUGCGACUGAGAUUGGAAGUGGGGAAGCUAUACUGGGCGGAGCUGCAAAGAGGACUAGAGUGAGCGUCAAGAAAGCUACUGCUAUGUCUGCCAAGGAUAUCCCUAAUCUUAGGGAUAGUAUCAAAUAA